GCGCUGUUGCUGUGUAUGACAUGUUGCGUUACGCCAACGGGCAGUGAAGGGCAGACUAAGAACAGUUCGCUGUUAAAAAAAAAAACUUUUUUUUUCAUUCUUGCAGGGUAUUCAGACCAAGGGCUUAUAACCCUCGUUAAGGAAGAGCCAAUCGAUGCACCAGUUGUCAAUCACGAGUUUGACACGUUUGCUGGGAGCGACAGUUGGCAAUCGACGAGCACUUGCCAAGACGUCGGUGCCGAGCAGCCACCGAGAGAAGUCCCAGUGCAGCCACUGAGAGAAGUCCCGGAGCAGCCACUGAGAGAGGUCUCAGAGCAACCACUGAGAGCAGUCGCCGAGCAACCAACAAGAGCAGUCGCGGAGACUUGCAUCAGCGAAAGUCUCCGUCGGUUUGAAUGCGAACUCUGCCACUUGGUCUUCAACACUGACCAACGCCUGCUCCAGCACUCCGUGGUGCACGCUCGGGAGUGGACGUUCUGGUGCAGGCAGUGCGGUGCUAGCUUUCCACGAAGCAAGAGCCUUGAGGAGCACGAGAUGUCGCACAUCGACAAGCAGCAUUUCCGCUGCCUCAUCUGCUACAAGCGCUUCGAGGACACGACCCUGCUUCAUAGACACUUGUGGCAUCACGUAAAGCAGCAGCGGACACACUACUGCCACAUAUGCUCCAUGACGUUUCCCUUGCGGACGCAGCUGUCGAGGCACCUGCGCACCCACGAAAGGAGCGCACACUUUAGGUGUGACGUGUGCAAUGCCGCUUUCGUCUUCGAGGUGGAGCUGACGAGGCAUCGAUUGACACACGAGAAAGGGCGGCGUUACCUGUGCCACGAGUGCCCCAAGGCCUUCCUGGUGAGCAGCCACCUCGAAAGUCACCUAGCGUCGCACUACGUGGAGCGGCGCUUCAGCUGUGACCUCUGCAUGAAGAAGUUCUGGCGCAAGUGCGAAUUAGCCAAGCACAUGCCGAAGUGCCCGUUUAAAACUAACGCCCAGCCAUCACACGCAGAGGCUUAGUUGUCUGCAUAUACUGGGCGGACUUUUGGGCAGCAGUUUCCGCAGUUAAAAGUGUCAGUCGGAUAUGUAAUAUGCGUGUAUUCACCUAAUGGAAAUAAAUUCAUUCGUUGUGGAAUGAAGGAUGAAUGUGUCCCUUGACGGGCCAGCCGUCAUCGAAGUAGUACUUAAGAUUGUAAGGAUGCUGCUCUGGUCCUGUGGCUGUAAAAAUGCUGCCAAGGAGAAAAAAAUCACGCCAUAUCUACGAAGUGAAUGACUGAGGAGCAGGCUCGGAGAAGAUAGGGAAAACCCAUGAAUCUUCCGUACAAGUCCUCUACCAUCAUAUGAAGACGUGACACACGUUGCUAUAUAUAUACAUAUAUACACAAUGUUUUAUUAAUUUACAAUUUUUAUGAACUAUAUACACAUUGAUGAAGUAUAUAUACCGUACAAGAAAUAUCUAAGAGCAUCUGAUUCUCCAUCGUUGACACUUGCAGAUGCAACGCUCCUAAUGUUCUUUCAAUUUGAAAACUGCCCUCAAGACGCACAUGACAAAGUGGCCCUAAACAUAGCUGUCCAAUGUUCGCCUGGCUUUCGACCGUGUUCCCCGCUCGCCCUGUGAGAAUUAACGGCCAGGCUAGAGGGAAGACACGACGCACGUAGCGUUCCUCUUCACAUUCCACGACGCUUUGAAUGGAUGGAUGCAGGUUACGGCGCGGGACAUCGCCCCAGCUUAAGAACCUGGCGAGCCAGCUCCUAAAAGAAAAGAGUGUAUACAUGUUGGUACUGUGAGCCAUAUAUAUUUAUAUUGCCGCGAGUCUUAUAUUUCAUGAGUGUAAGCUUCACCCACAAAGACUGUGGGCAACGCGCUGCGCGGGCCUCGCCGUGAUGUGUAGGAAGCCUCGCGAUUGUUUUGGAACAAUCUGUUAAGAUUACGCGCCGCACGAGAAUGUUCCAGCUUUGUCGAGAGAUAACGCCGCCACCAGCGAUAUCGCUGGAAAGUUCGAUAGCGCCUGUAUAAAAGCCGACGCGCUUGACUGCUUGUCAGUUGAUCGACGGACGACGCCCUGUUCGCCGCUAUCAUUGCACAGCGUGUAUUGCUGUAGUUCUAGUU